UCGCAUACCUGGACGGCUUUUCGAGGAUCGACCAAGGCAGAUAUCAACAGACGCAAUCUCUGAACAGCAAAAUAAAAAGAGAUAAAGACUCAAAGAUGCCGACCUUCAACAUUGUGGUAUUUGCAGGUGACUAUGCUGGUCCAGAGGUGACCAAAGAAGCUGUCAAGGUCCUCAAAGUCAUUGAAAAGUGUUCAAAGGAUGUCAAGUUCAACUUCCAAGAUCAUCUACUCGGAGGCUGCUCCAUCGACGCCCAUGGCACACCGUUGACCGACGAAGCCCUCGAGGCCGCCAAAUCCGCCCACGCCGUCCUCCUGGGAGCCAUCGGCGGGCCCAAGUACGGCGUUGGCAAGGUCCGACCGGAACAGGGACUCCUCAAACUCCGCAAGGAGAUGGGUACCUUUGGCAACCUCAGGCCGUGCUUCUUCGCCUCCCCUUCUCUGGCCUCGCGCUCUCCCCUGAAGGAGGAAGUCUGUCGAGGCACAGACUUCAUGAUCGUCCGUGAACUCACCGGUGGCAUCUACUUUGGCGACCGGGUCGAAGGCAACCCUGCCGACGGGCCUGACGAGUUCGCCGAGGACCGCGAGCCCUACUCGCGCCGGGAGAUUGAGCGAGUCACCCGCCUGGCGGCCUACCUGGCCCUGGCCAAAUCCCCUCCCAGCAAAGUCUGGAGUCUGGACAAGGCCAACGUGCUCGCCACCAGCAGGCUCUGGCGCCGCGUCUUCACCGAGACCAUGCAGAAGGAAUUCCCCCAACUGGAAUUCGAACACCAACUGAUUGACUCGGCCGCCAUGAUCAUGGUCAAGAACCCUCGGGCCCUCAACGGAGUCAUCGUCACCUCCAACUUGUUCGGAGACAUCAUCUCCGACGAGGCAUCGGUCAUCCCGGGAAGUCUGGGUCUGUUGCCCAGCGCCAGCUUGAGCGGCGUGCCCGACGGCAAGGGCCUGUGUAACGGCAUCUACGAACCCAUCCACGGUUCCGCCCCCGACAUCGCGGGUCAGGGAGUCAUCAACCCCGUCGCCGCCAUCCUGAGCGUCGCCAUGCUCCUGCUCUACUCCCUGAACAUGCCCAAGGAGAGUACUUUGGUGGAGCAGGCAGUCCGCCUCGUCAUCGACAAGGGAGUCGUCACCAAAGACAUUGGCGGUUCCAGCUCCACCGAACAAGUCGGGGACGAGGUCGUCAAGGAGUUGGAGUCGUUGUUCGCAAAGGCUUGAGAUGGGAUUACUCACCCUUUUUAAGUACCUCAAAUUUCGAGAGUUACCUAUCACCCACGUCAACAUAUUCUGCGUGACGAAAUCUAUAUGUAUGAAGAAUCAAGUAGCUACGAAAAAGUCGCCAAUGCCGUUCGACAACAACAACAGGUCACGAAGAAUUGAAAUGAGUGGCACGAUGAGGAAGAGAGGGACACACCCAAAAAGAUGAAAACAGAAAAAUGAUCAGACACACGAAUAAAACUAUCUAGUAUCAUCAAGUCAUAUACAAUUUCCCCUCAUCAUCAGGACAAAAUCGCCCACGGCUUUAUCCUGAAGGGGUAUAUCGAUCUCUUAG